GAAAGAUGCCUGCUGGAAAGUUCAUGCGCAAUAAUAUGUUGUGAAUUUCAACAUGCAGAAGAAUAGCUUUUUAUGAAUUUUUUUUUGAAAAAACACCGACCUUCUGGUACUGCUUUUUUUGUUCGCGUAUUCAUGACAACUAUUCACUUUGUUUUUUCUAGAAAUCUUUUAUUUUUCGUCUUCUGCAGAAUGCUUCUCAUCCUGUUGCAUCUUUUUACACUCUUUGAUCAAAAUUGUUGUUUUCUGUCCCGUGUCUCUCUCUGUUUGGUGGUUCUACGUCGACGCUGUACGCAGAUGCAGAUCUUACGAGGUUGACCACUCGGCGUUCGGCAUCGCUGUGACCUUCAAAAUGGACGGUCUCUGUAAGGCGCAUCCGGGUCACAAGUGGCCGUCGGGAAAUGCGAGCCGCACUUUGGUUGGAUGGGUCAUGAUGAAACCGAAUCAAUGCAGCAGAACCGGCGCCUAUCCUGUCUUUGGGUACCGCACUUGGGGACACAGGGCACAAGCUUACGCGGUGUGCACCUGGGGUCACGUGCAAAAUUUCAAGUUUGAAAUGUACUCCGCCAAGAGCACGCUUGGCGACGGCGACGCUGCAAAGGGAGACUACGGCAUUUUGAUUAGUAUGCCAUUGCCACUCGAAUCACGUACGCCAUUCGAUGUCUGGCAACACGUUGCGUUUAUGCACGACAAAGACGGGGGCCAAAACAAAGCGUACAUCAACGGCACAGUCGUGAACAGUGGCACGCCCUCGCCUCGGCCGAACACACCAGUAGGAGUCCAUGGGGCCUUCGCUGUUGGUGGAGCAGCUCACAUCUGCUGCGAUACGCUUGGUACAGGUGACUGAACUGCGGACGAAGACGAUUCGACCACCUGCUUCAAGUACGAGGAGGAUAACAGCCAAUGCAAUUUCUUUUCGAUUAGCGACAUUGGACACUUUGCAGUUUAAAUACGACGAAGCGCUAAAUGAUGAACAGAUUCUCUUUUUGGCCACGUCUUUGACAACGACGAAGGCGAAGGCUGCUCCACCGAAAGCGAAAGACGGGGAAGAGGAGGAAGAAGUAGAAGAAGAAGACGAGAGCGCGGCUUUCUCAAUGUACACGCCGCAAAAUAACCGAAUUAUGUGGCUGCUUUGCAGCUGCGCGGCUUGCUGGGCGUGGAUCUGCUCAACGUUUUGAUGCAAAUCGCGAAGUCAGGGCUCGCCCGACUAGUAGGCUACUCUAUGAUAUCAGAAUAAUAAUAAAGAAAUAUUGAAGCGGCCAUCUUCUAUUUCAGACAUGUCAAAAUUUUUCUCGGGGAAGAAUGAGCGACCUGCCUUCCACCUCUCUAUAUUUUUGCGAAAUGUUAAAGUUGCUAGAAGAUGAACUAAGUAGUACAUUUUUCAUCUUCUCGGUGAUGGUGGCCCUUGUUCCUCUCUACAUUUUUGCGAUCGAAGAAAGGACCCUAUACUCUCCCUAUAAAUUUUAGUUUUCCAUUCUCUCUACUUCACAACACAGGGAUUUCUUCAAACAUUCACAUCUCUCUACUGUUUGUAUACGCGUGCGAACCUGGUGCCUGGAGAAAUUCAAAUGUUCGUAUGCGUAUUAUUCAACUUGGGAAAUGGAGUCCAAGUGUCUGUUGUGUUUUCUUUCGAUCUUUUCUCUCUGCAAUCCUUUGCCCUUCGUUGUCGUAAAAACUCAGCGUCAACAAAGCCCACUUUGUGGAGUCAACUGACCUUAGGGAGGCCGCAUCUAGUCCUAACGAAAAAAAAACAACGCAGACCUAGACAUGUGUGCGAGUACCGAAUGAAUG